AUGUCAUUUAAAGGAACGCUAUCAGAUGAACAGCGACAAAGAAUAGAAGCUAAUAGAAGAAAAGCAUUGGAAAGAUUGCACCAAAGAGGGAUACGAAAUACUCAUCUAACGUCAGCAAUUGAUCCUAAAAUCAGUGUGAACCAUGAUACAAUAUCGAAAGCAAGCUCGGGUGGCGAUUUCACUAACUCUGGAGGUUCAUUCGUACCUUCAGAAGCUAACAAAAUCACCAAACCCACAGAAAUGCCUAAACGGACUUUAACUGAGGAGCAAAAGAAAAGAAUUGAAGAUAAUAGAAAGAAAGCUCUCGAAAUACAAGAAAGACUCCAAAAGAAUCACAGAGAUGCAUCAAGUAGUACGACUGAAAACAUACCUGUGCCACAAGGUUUAAGAGAAGCAGAGUUGGCUAAAAGGAAAUAUGAUCAACUCCAAGUAGAUAAAGGAGCAAUUAAGAAGAAAGAUUAUAUUGAUUUUGAUUUCUCAACUAUGAAAGACAGUCAUGGUGGUUUUAUGAAUGAGGAGCAAGGUGAAGAGAUUAAUCAAAGUUUGGAAGAUUGGAAAGCUAAACAAAAACGUGAACAUAUAGUUAGAGAAUUACCUCCUCCACUUGAUAUAUCGGCCGCUCCCAAAUGUUUUGAGUGUAAUUCAUUGGAAAUAGAUCCCAAUCUUUAUUCGAAUUUCCGUCAAGUUAGAGUUUGUAGGAGAUGUGCGAAGGAGAAACCAGAGAAAUAUGCUUUAUUAACAAAGACUGAAUGUAGAGAAGAUUAUUUGUUAACAGAACCUGAAUUAAAGGAUAUUAAUUUAUUACCCAGAAUCGAAAAACCCAAUCCUCAUGGUUAUAGUAGAAUGCAGUUAUUCUUAAGGUUCCAAAUUGAAGAAUUCGCCAUUAAGAAAUGGGGUUCCUUAGAAAACUUAGAUAAAGAAUGGGAAAGAAGAGAAGAGAUGAGAUUAAAACGUAAGGAUAAAAAGUAUAUCGAGCAGUUGAAGAAGAUGAGACGAAAAACUCGUGCUGAAGAAUUUACUAGGAAGUUGAGGAACGGUGAAUCCAUUAAUGAUAAGCAUGUUCAUGAUUGGCAAGAUAUGGGAGAAAUCGAAAAUGAUGGUAUGAAAUUUAACAAGAAGAGAUGUAGUGAAUGUGGUAUGGAAACUGAGGAUUUGAUCAUAUAG